CUUAGGAAUUAGUUGUUCCUUUAUUAUUUGAAUAAGAAUUAGUUAUCUCAAUUUAAAUUGGAGCGUAGUUCGAAAUUUAGCUAUAAAUAUAUGUUUUGAGUUAUUAAUAAAAAAAAUUCCGUUUGACAAUACUAUUGCCGUAUUUUAUUUUUCUCCAACUCUUUCUCUGUUAUUUCUCCAAUUUAAAAGCUAAAAACCAAUAAUUGGUAUCAAAGCUCCAGUUUCUUGAGGAAUCUGUGAGAAAUGAAUUCUGAAAACAACUUUUCCCAAAUAACUCCUUCUGUCUUUGAUGGUGAGAAUUAUCAUCUUUGGGCAGUAAGAAUGGAGACUUAUCUUGAGGCUUCAGAUCUUUGGGAGGCCGUGCAGGAGGAUUAUGAUGUUGUUCUGCUGCCCGAUAAUCCCACGGUAGCCCAGAUCAAAAAUCAAAAGGAAAAGAAAACUAGAAAAUCAAAAGUAAAAGUGACUUUGUUUGCUAGUGUUUCUCCAAUAAUUUUCAUGAGAAUUAUGACCCUUAAAUCACCAAAAGAAAUUUGGGAUUAUCUGAAGGAAGAAUAUACCGAAGAUGAAAGAAUACGAGGCAUGAAAGUAUUGAAUCUAAUAAGGGAAUUCGAACUGCAAAAGAUGAAGGAAUCUGAGACCGUCAAAGAGUACUCAGACCGUCUUCUUGACAUUGUUAACAAGGUAAGAUUGUUUGGCACAAAAUUUAAAGAUUCAAGAAUUGUUGAAAAAAUUCUUGUUACAGUGCCUGAAAGAUACGAAGUAUCAAUAACUACCUUGAAAAACACAAAAGAUCUGUCCAAGAUUACCUUGGCAGAAUUGUUAAAUACAUUGCAGGCGCAAGAGCAAAGAAGGCUUAUAAGGCAGGAUGGUAUGAUUAAAGCAGCUUUGGCAGCAAAUCACAAGACUCAAAGUAAGGGUAAUAAUUCAAGAAAAAAUUACCCACCUUGCCAGCACUGUGGCAAAAUAGGUCAUCCUUCAUUUAAAUGUUGGAAGACACCAGACGCACAAUGCAAAAUUUGCAAUCAACUUGGCCAUGAAGCUGUGAUUUGCAAAAACAAAUCUCAAAAUAUGAAGCAGAUGCCCAAGUCACCAAAGAAGAAGAAAAAGAUCACUUAUUUGUGGCAACAUAUUCUUUAA